AUGACAAGCAAUCAAAAGAAGCGUAACUUGGGAAGAUGGUUAUCAAGUAGAACACCGGAAGAUAAAGAGAGAUACAGACUGGAGAAGAAACAAGAAGAUCGUGAAAGGACUGAAUUGGAAAAAUUAAGGGGGGAAAGCGAGAAAAAUAGAGAGAACAGAGCAAGAAGUCGCGAGAGCGCCCGUGAGAAGAUUGAGAGGAAGCGAGGAACACCGUGGGAUAGGGAGAGAAAGGACUUGGACGAGGCAAUACGGACUUGGAUACGAGAAGAAGAACUUGAAAAGGAACAAGAAGUUGAGAAUGAGAAGCAAUGGAAUAGAAACUUGAGGUUUGCGACAUGCUUUCGUGGAGAUAAAUCUUCGGAAAAAAUUCAAGCGUAUAUGAAAUUGGAGCAGGAGACUGAAAGAAAGGCGAACGAAAAGGAGAGAACCCGAAGGAAGCAAGAGAGGAUUACGAAGUUUGAAGCAAUGGUAAAGGCAGAGGCAGAUCGUUGGACAGAGGAGUUGGACCUAGCCAACGCAGCUAGAGUUUAUCCUUAUGACGAGACUUCUGAGGACAGAAUCGAUCUUGUCCAUAGACAUGGCUGUAUGCCAAAAACCUAUACUUCUACCUCCAGAAAUCAACUAUGUGCAGAUUGCAGGGAAGAUGAAGAUGCAGCAAUGAGGAUAUACUGGCAAGAAAGGCGGGAGAUGGAGAGGAGACUAUAUCAACUGAACACUUAG